AUGGCCAUCGUCGCCGCGGCGCCGUUCCGGGAGGCGCCCGACGACGUCGUGGACGAAAUCCUGCUCCGCCUGCCGUGCCCCUCCUCCCUCGUGCGCGCCGCCGCGGCCUGCGCCUCGUUCCGCCUCCUCGUCUCCUCCCCGUGCUUCCUCCGCCGCCACCGCGCGCUCCACCCGGGCGCGGCGGCGCCCUUCCUCGGGGUCUUCUCCUCGGUCCCCGCGCCAGGCGAUUCGGGGGGCGCUUUUCACCCCUCCGACCCGCCCCAUCCGGCCGCGGCGGCCGCGCGCGACGUCGCCGGAGCCGCGGACUUCUCCUUCGCGUUCCUCCCGGCGCCGCCCGACGCCGCCACCGGCGCCGAGCGCCCCGGUUGGCUCGUCCGGGACUACCGCGACGGGCGCUUCCUCCUCGACCGGGCGUCCUCCUGCUCCACCUUCGACAGCGACAUCGUCACCGAUCUCGCCGUCUGCGACCCCUUGUCCCGCCGCUACGUCCUGCUCCCGCCCAUCCCGGAGGACCUCGCCGCCAGCGCCAACAACCCGCUCGGCGUCCUUGGCGGCCGGCGCUGGUGCGAGCCAUUCCUCGCGCCGGCCGACGCCGAGGGGGACAAAGACGAGGAGGAGCCCUCGUUCGUGGUGAUCUGGACGGCGCGGUGCCCGAGGAAGGUCGUGGCGCUCGCCUUCUCGUCGCGGGAAGGGCGGUGGCGCGCGCUCCCGUCGCCCGACUGCUUCGUCUGGAGGCGCCACCGGUCGCCCUUCUCCUGCCCGGUGCACGCGGUCUGGAACCGACGGCACUACGCGCACGGCCGCUUCUACUGGGCGGACUGCCUCACCAACCGCUGGCUGGUGCUCGACAUCGGCGCCAUGGAGCUCUCCGUCCAGGAGGUCCCGGCGCCGGCCAGGUUCUGGGAGGAGAACGUCGCCGUCGUGGAAGGCGCGAACGGCGAAGUCGGCGUGUUCGCGCACGAAUUCUACCACGCCGACGGCAACGCCAGCCUCAACUACUACACGAUCCCGCGCGACGCCGACGGCGUGGCGAAGUCGUGGCGGCUCGAGAAGACGAUCCCACUGCCGUGGUCCACGGCGCACGGCCGGCCGUUCUGCAUCCGCGGCGCGGCCAACGGGUGCCUGGUCAUUGAGGUCAACCAAGACUCGCCGCGGCCGUUCAUGUCGUCGAGCCACGACAGCCGGGACGUCGAGCUGUUUAAGAUCGACGUCGGGCGCCUCGAGCUGGAGAGAGUCUGCCGGGCGCGGUGCUCCGGCGGCGUCAGCGACGGCUGGUGGCCGUACUUCGGCUUCCCGCCGUUGCUGAGCUUGCCAACUGUUUGA